CGACAGCGAGGUUUCUCUACACAUCGAAAAUAUUACAGUUCCUUUAACUAAGACGGCUUGGGCAAAAAGACAGUCCGAUGAGAGCUGCAAGUAUAUCUUUACUGGAAUUCGACAAACUUUUGGCAUCUUUCAAAAGAAAUUCCAAACCAAGGAUCUAUUGUGAAACGUUACCCUGAUUCUCUCCAUCCGUCGGUAUCCUGGCCGGUCUACUGAUUUGGUGUUGUAGCGAGGGAAGAUGGGAAGAGCGACUGUCAUUCGACAACAUUCCCGCGUGCAGCAUCAACAGAUGUUGGCACAAGAUGAAGAAGCCUGUAGACGACGAAACCAACGAAACAAGAACAAAGCCAGGAAAAUACAAGAAUCGAAAAAGGCGCGACAAAAGUGGAUUUAUAUCCCCACCAUAAUUCUCAUAUCCGCUGGUAUUGUCAUGACAUUUGGGAGCACCAUACAGGGACUGGGGGAAGGCUCGGUGUUUUGGGAAAAGAAAGAACACUUCACCAAAGUCGGCCCGAUUGUCCUCGCAGUUGGCGUUGUCUGUUUAUUGGUAACGGUUGGACUCGAGUCUCGGUGUCAAACAAAGAAGAACAAAGAAAAGACUUUGGCACAGACCUUCGCUCCAGUCUUAUCCGUGGGACUCAGAAUGCCGCGUAAGAACAGUCGGACAGUCCAUACAACAUCUGACAAAUCCAGCAUUCCAAUCAUGGCGUUUGAAGAAGAGGAAUUCUUCGCGAAGAACGUGAACACGAAACCAAUGGAAUACCGCGAAAGUUUCACCAAAAGCAAUAACAACUAUGUCUUGAAACUAGUGCCUACAAGCAAUGUCAGCUCAGAAAUGGAUAUUACCUGGCCGGACAGUUUUCGGAGGAAAUACAGAAUUGGUGAUCAAGGGAAGACAUCGGCAUCAUUGCCGCUUUUAGCAGAUUACUCACUGGACAGUAUGCCUAUACUGGACACACCUCAGCCUUCAUCUGGAGACAGUAUUUCUCUAGACUUAUCCUCCGAAGACAUUGGUGAAUUACCAGAGUCCUUCAUAUAGGUCUGGCUUAGGAUCUACCAGAGUACAAACGCAAGACAUCUUGAUUCCAGUACCUCGCGUUCAAACACAGAUCAACACUGAUGAUGGGAUCAGCCAUACAUAUCACAGCAUUAUUUCAUCCCCACCAUUGCAGUGGAGUAUCAAAGGCCGUAGCUUCCAUGCAUUCUCUUCCCACAUCCUGCCUUAACCUAACUGUUGUGACUUGGUUCACUUUUCGCGAAUUCUUGCAUACCAUGCAACCGGCGAGGAGUUGAGAGAUGUGUGUGCGCCUAGAGCGAAAACGCCUAUGCACUCAAAUGAGGAAUUUGUUAAUUUUAACAGAAAGUCUGUUGUCUGCGUGAUGCUAGAAUGUAUUCUGUUAUUGCAAUAGAUUACUCUGUUCAAUAUAACACAGAAAUUCUAUUAAUUCAGUAUAAAGAUUCCAUUAGACUAACAGGAUAUUACGGUGAAUAUAACAGCAUGUUGUGUUAUAAUAACAGAAUAUAUUCUAGAAUCACUCAAACAGACUUUCUGUUAAAAUUAACAGAUUAAGUUUUUGAGUGUAAGGUGGAGUACACAAGUCCUUGAACACCAAUGACUGGGGCCCAUAAGGAUGGCUUUCGUCACAAUGGUGGUGUUUGUACCCGUUACACACCAUCUAGUGCAUGGACAUUAUAAAGGGCCUUUGGACUGAUGAAGACAAAUGCCGUCCCGACCUAAGAACUACAACAUGUGCUUCCAGUAUUUACAUUCUUAGACUUGGGUGAUAUGUUACCUAAGCCCGAUUCCACGAGGCGAUUUUUGACUUCAGUGAAAUUUUAAAGUUCAGUUCAGUUCCUCAAAAGUUGAAAUUGUGACAAUUUUGUCUUAAUGCUUCUAGGCCUGUCCAAUCUCAAUUCAUGGGGUAGAAUAUAGGCGUUAAAAUUAGAUUUCAAAUUUUGAAUUAAUCCAUCUUUGGCCAAAACCAUCUUUGUGGAAUGAGACCCGAGUGCUUUGGUCUUCUUGGUUUGUUUACAGUUUACAGUCACUGUGGCAAAAGAAAUGUCUAACGAUUUGAACAUGCCGGGCAUGUAUGAGCUGCAUUGGAUUUUUCACAUGUUGUCGUGUCAAAGCGCUGGGUAAAACCUCAGUCUUAGGACUAUCAAUCGUGUAUCAAAGAUGGGGCGAAAUUUUUUCUACCCAGUAUGUACCGUUAUAGGUUACAAUAGAUUUUGUCUGCGCACAGCGUACUGGGCAUUAACGGGGUGGUGAUUGUCACACUCCAAUAUAUGCACAACAUUAAGAGAUUAUCAAGUAAAGUACAUUCCUAUGCACAAUAUAUGGGAUCACCAAAUGUCACUCAUUUAACCAUUUUCUUUUAUUUGCACAAUGUACCGGACCACUAAGUGAUAUGUAUGUUACACCAUUUAUGGAACUACAAAA